CGCCCAACGAAACGAAUCCAAGUUUCGGUUCCGUCAGGUCGGGGUGCGCCUUGCACGGAAGGAAGGCCGAGGCUUCUUCGCCCUAAAGGAAGCAGGACCUCUCUAAAACUCCACUUGGGGAGAGGGGUGCCGCGUUGCGGGAGGGGGAGAGAGAGGAGGCGGGAGACCGACCCCAUUCUCUUGUCUCUCCGAGCGACGGGAAGAGAUGAGACGAUCGGAGGUGAUGACGGUGCUGUCGAACCGGAUCGAGAGGGAGGAGCUGAAGCCCGGGGAUCACAUCUACUCCUGGAGGAAGGCCUACAUCUAUGCCCACCACGGGAUAUAUGUGGGAGAUGGCAUGGUCAUCCACUUCACCAGAGCAGCAGGCGAGGAGAUUGGCACAGGAACUGUGUUAGACAGAAUUCUUUUCAGCUCUUCUCCAUCUCAUUUGGGAACCGUCUGUGAGAGAUGCGGCGAUCAGAGCAAGCUGCAUGGUGUAAUAAUGUCCUGCCUUGAUUGCUUCCUUGCUGAAGGCAAUCUCUACCUUUUCCACUACUCUGUCUCCCCAGCUUUCUUCAUUGCCAAAGCUCGGGGUGGGACCUGCACGCUGGCAGCUUCAGAUCCACCUGAUGCUGUUCUUCAUCGUGCCAAAUAUCUACUAGAUAAUGGAUUUGGCAUGUAUAGUAUAUUCAAGAACAACUGUGAGGACUUUGCAAUAUACUGCAAGACAGGUCUGCUCAUAGUGACCUCUUUCAGCGUGGGACGAAGUGGACAGUUGACAUCUUUGACAGCUGCGUUCUCGGCGAUAGCAUCUUCCCCUCUUCGUUUCUUGACUACCAGCGUUAGUGGGCUGACAUUGGUAGUUAGUGGUAUGUACUGCGUUGGCCGGUAUGUAUCUGAUAUUGGAGUUCGCAGGGAUGUUGUCAAGACUCCUGUGGAGAGGCUAGUUUCAGAGUCAAGCAUGGUUGAGCCUGAAUCAGCACCACAGACUCUAGCCGGAAAUGCACACUCAAAUAGUCAUUCUGUUGAAAAAAUUGAAGGUUAAUUUUAAGGGCCUUUAUUUACUGGGAAAUUAUGUUAUUUAAUAUAAGCAUUCCAUUGUUGUGAAGACAGAUCUUGAGUGUAUGAAAUGUGUCUUAUACAUUUUGAUGUAUGUGAUGGUCAUUUUCUGUGGAAAAGAAUUAAAAGUUGGGUUCUGAUUUUAAUUU